AGGAGCUGCGGCAGCAAGGCUUGCAGGAGUGGCUAACGGCUGACCUGCAGCUGACCAUGGGUGCAGUAAUUGUGGAAGAAAUGAGGGUGGCUGUGGAAGCAGCCACUGGAUUCAGGUGUUCGGCUGGGAUUUCGCACAACAAGACGCUGGCAAAGCUUGCCUGUGGGUUGAACAAGCCCAACCGCCAGACGCUCGUAUCUUUGCGAUUUGUCCCGCAGCUCUUCAGCCAGCUGCCCGUCGGCAACAUCCGUAACCUGGGAGGCAAGCUUGGCACUGCCAUCACAGACAUACUCGGAGUGGAGUACAUCGGAGAGCUGACACAGUUCAGUGAGACAGAGCUCCAAACUCACUUCGGAGACAAAACUGGGUCCUGGCUCUACGACUUAUGCAGAGGAAUUGAGGAGGAACCUGUCAAAAACCGGUACCUGCCCCAGUCCAUCGGCUGCAGCAAGAACUUCCCUGGGAGGACAGCCCUGGCCACGCAGAAGGAGGUGCAGCACUGGCUCCUGCAGCUGGCCUUGGAGCUGGAAUCCAGACUGAUCAAGGACAGGAGCCAGAACCACCGAGUGGCCAAGCAGCUGAUGGUGGUCAUCCGCAUGCAGGGGGACACCCGGGUGUCGCGCUUCUGCGCUCUGUCCCGCUACGACGCCCAGAAGAUGUGCAGCGAUGCCUUUGCCCUCAUCCAAAGCUGCAACGUGGCUGGGGCUCACCAGGCGGCCUGGUCUCCACCACUCCUAUCGGUGCUACUCUCAGCAAGCAAGUUCUCGGAGCCUGCCACGCUCCUCUCUGCAGGCAUCGCUGCCUUUCUGACGAGCGAUACCCAGCCCGAGGGCACCGCCACCACCAGCCAAAACAGGCCCAGGGUGAAGUUCUUCAGGAGCCCGAGCAAAGAGCUUAGGCAGAAGCCAGCUAAUGCUAUUGAGUCCUUCUUCCAAAAGGUGGCAGAACGGCAGCAGGAACCAGCCAGCCUGCCCGCUGCGGAGCCAGCUGUGUCCGGCUCCCCGGAGCCACCAGAGAGGGAUGGCGUUGGACUUGCACCGGUGCGGCGUGACCCAGAGUCCCCUGUGAAGCGGAGUCCUGGAGAUGGGAGUCCUCCUUACAAAAGGCUUCCCUGUGAGCAGUUGCUGGCUGAUGCUACACAGACACCCUCCGCUCCACCCAGCUCCCGGACUCUGACAUUAGAGCCAGCUACCGAGGGAAACAAACAGAACUUGCCACCCUCUCCUGAGCUCACCCUGCUCCCUCCCGCCUCGCCGGGGGACCACCAGCGCUGCGAGAAGUGCGGCCAGCUCGUGCUGGUGUGGGAGUUCCCGGAGCACAUGGACUACCACUUUGCUCUGGAGCUGCAGAGCUCCUUCCUGGAGCCCAGCGCACCCACUGCUCCAGCAGCAGCUCCCAGCCCAAAGGCUGCAGCUUCUGCAUCUCCUGCCAAGCCGAAGAACAAGCCCAAGGCUCCAGCAGGAUCUGGUGCAAAACGACCCAGAGAAGGCGUGACGAGGACUUUAGAUUUUUUCUUCAAGCGUUUACCUCCUUAA